ACCAUGUCCGCAGCCCGCGCCUUCAGCACUGCUUUCCGGGCCGCAGCGCCCCGGGCCCCCAUCGCCGCCCGCGUCGCCGGCAUCCGCAACUACGCCGCCGCAGCGCCCACCGGUGCAGCCAACAAGCCGCCCGUCGCCCUCUUCGGCGUCGACGGAACAUAUGCGAGCGCCCUGUACACGGCAGCUUCAAAAACCAACGCCCUCGACCCGACGGCCAAAUCCCUCGAGAGCCUCUCCGCGCUCUUCAAAAAGGACCCCAAGCUCGUCGAGGUCCUCGGCGCGCCUACCCUCAGUGUGUCUGAUAAGCAGCAGAUUGUCCAGGAGCUGCAGAAGAACCUGGGCAGCCAGGAUAAGGAGGGCAUCGUGAAGAACUUCCUCCAGACGCUGGCGCAGAACAACAGACUGGGUGUGCUGGCGGGUGUGGUGGACAAGUUUGGCGUGUUGAUGGGCGCGCAUCGGGGCGAGGUCGAGUUGACUGUUACCAGCGCUACGGCCCUCGACAACCGCACGCUCAGCCGCCUCGAGGCUGCGAUCCACAAGUCCGAGUACGUCGCCAACGGCCAGAAGCUCAAGGUUGUGUCCAAGGUCAACCCCGAGAUCCGCGGCGGAUUGAUUGUCGAGAUUGCCGACCGCACCAUUGACCUUUCCGUGUCGGCGAAGAUGGCCAAGAUGAACAAGCUGCUCAAGGAUACUUUGUAAAUAUAGCGCCGAUCCAGGCAGAUUGCGGGGAUGUAGACGAGUGAGUGGAGGUGCGAAUGUGUAUUCUAGGAUUCCAGUCAUCUGCGGCAAAUGAAGACAUCAUUCUCAUUCCCA